AUGGGAACGAAUUUCCAAAACUCAAUCAGUUUCUCAGAUCUUGUGGUUGUGGGUGGAAACAUCAAAGUCAAAGAGAGUCUGGCUCCUCGGUUGAAGAUAACGAUUUUAAAAUUUAACAAUACAGAGUUCAUUAAUGUGUACUCCCGCACCCUUAUUGGACGGUGUAUAAAUCUCGGGGUUCAAGAUAUAGGGUCUCUGUUUCUUAUACUACCACGGAUUUGGAAAGUUGAAGACAGAGUUGCUGGUGCGGACCUCGGAACGGGGAGGUUCCAAUUUGACUUCGAUGAGGAGGAGAACAUCAAGGCGGUGCUGCAAAUGGAACUCUUUCAUUUUGAUGGGUGGAUGGUGGUGAUAAUGGAUCCCAAUUACCCAUCGGCUUUAACUUUUUUGGGGUCGAGUUCAGAUAAUUAUGAUGGGUUUAAAGAAUUGAUCUUCGAAUUCUCAGUGGCUUUUUACAGUAGCGAUGAAACAACAGUCAUACUCCGCUAUGAAAGACUUCAUGGCUUUUGUCGUGAAUGCUUUAGAUUAUGCCACGAGACAGAAAAAUUCCCACGUCUGUAUCCGAAGAGGAAACAACGAGAGGAGUUCAGACACAAAGCAGAGAUACUAAGUGGUGAAGCAAAGAUUUAUAAAAGGGCUUUCGGCCAUUCAGGUGGUGUCAAUGAUGGUCAGGCUACUUUAAAAACCAAUCAUACGGAUUUGGUAAAUGGGAAGGGGAAGGUGAUGACUCAUCGGGAGGAGAAAAGAGAGACUAUUAAUGGGGGCAAUAGGACUAGGCAUGGCGGGGAGAACACGGUGGAGUUUAGGAUGUCAACAAGGCAUACUUAG